GAGUGGUUCGGACUGCCCCUCGGAGCACAAAGCCUCGAGUCGCAAUGUGCGCACAUGGAGCCUGAGGAGCCUGAAGCCAAGCGGCCACGUAGCAGGAGCCGCGAGGUCGCUGCAGAUGUUCCAGCAACCGCAAACGGCUCGAACGAUCAGGCGGACAAGCCUCCGGGCCCUGAUUGCAGCGAUGAGGAGUUCCAAGACUUUGUGGCCCGCAGCUUGCGCUCCACGGAGCAUUUGCCAGCAGAGGCGACGCAGCCUGACUUUCAGGGCUACAAGUUCACUGGAAGCGUCAGGCCUGGUAGUGUGUCCCCGCAGAUGUCGCCCCCGGAGGGCUGCUGCCUUCCAGACUAUGCGCUGCAUCCCAAGGGACUGCCCAGGUCUGAAUUCUUGCGCAGCAGGACAAAGACGAUUCCUGUGCUCGAGGGCGAGGACCUGGCAAAGAUGCGGCAGGUUUGUUCCUUGGGCCGAGACGUGCUGGACCUUGCGGCGCGCUUCCUUCGGCCCGGAGUCACUGGAGAUGAGAUCGACCGCGUUGUGUACGCGGCGUGCUGUGAUAGACGCUUGUUCCCGAGCCCGUUGAACUACAUGGGCUUUCCCAAGUCCGUUUGUGUCUCCGUGAACGAGGUGAUUUGUCACGGCAUUCCUGACAGCCGCCCGCUGGAGGAAGGAGAUAUAGUGAACUUAGAUGUCAGUGUAUGUUUUCAGGGCUUCCACGCCGACCUCAAUGAGACCUUCUUUGUGGGUCAAUGUGAUGAAGAGUCACAUCACUUGGUCAAGACGACCUACAACGCGUUGAAGGCAGCGAGUGAACUGAUCCGUCCUGGCACGAUGUACCGUCAGCUUGGCGCAGCCAUCGAGAAGGAGGCAUCAUCACAUGGCUGCUCGGUUGUCACUGCCUUCUGCGGCCACGGCGUGGGUCGGCUCUUCCACGGUCCCCCAGAUAUUCCUCACUUCAAGAAGAACAAGGCCGUGGGUGUCAUGAAGCCGGGCCAUGUCUUUACAGUUGAGCCGAUGCUGAACCUCGGAGUCAGCAAAGAGAGGCUUUGGCCUGACGGCUGGACGGCUGUGACGAAAGACGGCAAGCGCUCUGCGCAGUUCGAGCACAGCUUCCUGGUGACAGAGGACGGCUUCGAGGUCCUUUCUGCGCGCAGGGGCUUUGACAGGACAUCCAUGCCCGAGUACACUGCGGACUUCUUUCAACGCUGAGGCGGCCAAGGUAUGCAAUGCGUCGUCUUGAUAGACGACAAUACCUUUGGCCUGAGCCCGGAGAAAAAGCAACUCGCGAGCUUAUGUUUCACAAGUAGGCCGAAAGUUUGUUCAGGUGGGAAAAAAAUGAGCGCUCCGCAGGGACACCUUGAAAGAUGAGCAAUGGUUUGUGCUUCUUCAAUAGAGC